AACAAAGGCUGUUGGCAGCCUUCUCGUUGCGCCUCAUUCCCGAGUAGUCUCGAAUAGCUCUAACUGAUCGGUUUUUCUCACUCCUGGCUUUCGGAUGAACUGUCGUGACUUUUACUUGAGCUCUGUUUGGCUCCGGUGAGCCAAGCCUUGCCUCAUUUUACUAACCCGUGCACCUUCACGUCAUCUUCUCGAUUGUGGGUUUGAUUUUGCUCGAAACGUCGCAGCCAUGUCGCAUCUUCAGCAGCAGCUCAAAAACUUCAACGCUGGCGUCGUGGACUAUGCGAAUCGCAUGCCGCAGCAGAGGCGAUUCGUCCAUAACAACUCCCCCAGCAGUUCGCAAGUCCCAUCUUCGACCUCCACACCCACUCCCAGCGGCGAUAUCAAGCGGAAACGACACGAUGCCGAUAUCGUUUACUCGCAGCCUGCCAAUACUGGCACGGGCAAGGAUAUCAUGACGCAGGUUAUCUUUGCGAUCGAGCAUAUGAAGAAUAAGGGAAUCCCACUUAAAUUUACGGAUAUCGUUUCCUACCUUUCGCUUCAGCAUCGGGCCAAUGAUCAAGGCUAUGUCCAAGCACUACGGAGCAUCCUUCAGAUGCAUGAGAAGGUCCAGUUUGAUCCGAGUGGAGCCAACGGAGAGGGUACAUUCAGCUUUCGCCCACCGCACAACAUUCGCACUGCUGAGCAGUUGCUCCAGAAGCUCCAGUCUCAGUCUACCGCUGCUGGGAUGAGCGUUCGUGAGCUGCGGGAAGGCUGGCCGAAUGUUGAAGAUACUAUCAAUCAGCUGGAAAAAGAAGGGAAACUACUUGUUACUCGGAACAAAAAAGACGACCAUGCGAAGAUGGUGUGGGCCAAUGACCCCUCUUUGAUACAAGUCUUCGACGCCGAAUUCCGUCAGAUUUGGGAGAAGAUCAGGGUCCCCGACCAGCAGGCUGUCAAGGAGGAGUUAGAGAAGGCCGGCAUCACACCUACGAAUAAAAACAAGGUUAGCAAGGCGCGACCCAAGAUUGAACACAAGAAGGUCAAGAAGCCCCGUCGCAGUGGCAAAACGACGAACACCCAUAUGAUGGGUGUUUUGAGAGAUUACUCUCAUCUCAAACGGUGAUCGAAGCUUUUUAUGGUGUGGGAAAAUCAGUUGAAUAUUGGCUUCUGUAGUUGCGGUUUGCAUCUACACGUUUGAACUUCAAUAUAGAGACUGGCACUACCAUGAUGAGGAUCGCUUUUAUUGCAUCAGUCGGCGUCUGAGGGGGAGCAUAUACAUCGGGAACUUUGAUUCACCAGAUGUCUAAAAGCUUGGCUGGCGUAUUCGCUCGUUGCCAGUUGCUGUUCAGCCUGUAAAAUUAUUAUUAAUACAAUAUAGAUACCCAAACCAAUUGCGUGGACAUUAUUGCGUAGAUCAGUGUCCUCUCCUAGCCUCCACUGACGAGAGAUGUUGAUCUUCGAACCAGAAUCUAUUGUGAUCCACCCUAGAAGAGGAAUAUAAGCGCUGCGCGCAGAAAUCGACAGCCUCGGUGUGGGAGUAGUACUACCUUAAAUGGAAGUGGGAUGGAG